AAUAAUUGACAAAUAACAGAACAGUGAGGAUGUAGAAGGCAAUACAUUAAAAAAAAAAAAAAAAAAACCCAACAUCUGGGAUCCAAUAACCUGUGAAAAUGCUACCCCGGCUAGUUUGUAUCAAUGAUUAUGAACAACAUGCUAAAUCAGUACUUCCAAAGUCUAUAUAUGACUAUUACAGGUCUGGGGCAAAUGAUGAAGAAACUUUGGCUGAUAAUAUUGCAGCAUUUUCCAGAUGGAAGCUGUAUCCAAGGAUGCUCCGGAAUGUUGCUGACACAGACCUGUCGACAUCUGUUUUAGGACAGAGGGUCAGCAUGCCAAUAUGCGUCGGGGCUACGGCCAUGCAGCGCAUGGCUCAUGUGGACGGCGAGCUGGCCACUGUGCGAGCCUGCCGCUCGCUGGGAACAGGCAUGAUGUUGAGUUCCUGGGCCACCUCCUCAAUUGAAGAAGUGGCAGAAGCUGGUCCUGAGGCACUUCGUUGGCUGCAACUGUAUAUCUACAAGGACCGAGAAGUCACCAAGAGGCUAGUGCAGCAGGCGGAGAAGACGGGCUACAAGGCCAUAUUUGUGACAGUGGACACACCUUACUUGGGCAACCGUCUGGAUGAUGUGCGUAACAGAUUCAAGCUGCCACCACAACUUAGGAUGAAAAAUUUUGAAAACAAUACUUUAUCAUUUUCUCCUGAGGAAAAUUUUGGAGAUGACAGUGGACUUGCUGCAUAUGUGGCUAAAGCAAUAGACCCAUCUAUCAACUGGGAAGAUAUCAAAUGGCUGAGAAGACUGACAUCAUUGCCAAUUGUUGCAAAGGGCAUUUUGAGAGGUGACGAUGCCAGGGAGGCUGUUAAACAUGGCUUGAAUGGGAUCUUGGUGUCGAAUCAUGGGGCUCGACAACUUGAUGGGGUGCCAGCCACUAUUGAUGCUCUGCCAGAAAUUGUGGAGGCUGUGGAAGGGAAGGUGGAAGUCUUCCUGGACGGGGGUGUGCGGAAAGGCACUGAUGUUCUGAAAGCUCUGGCUCUAGGCGCCAAGGCUGUGUUUGUGGGGAGACCAGUCAUUUGGGGCUUAGCUUUCCAGGGGGAGAAAGGUGUUCGAGAUGUCCUUGAGAUACUAAAGGAAGAGUUCCGGUUGGCCAUGGCUCUGAGUGGGUGCCAGAAUGUGAAAGUCAUCGACAAGACAUUGGUGAGGAAAAAUCCUUUGGCCGUUUCCAAGAUCUGACAGUGCACAAUAUUUUCCCAUCUGUAUUAUUUUUUUUUCAGCAUGUAUUACUUGACAAAGAGACACUGUGCAGAGGGUGACCACAGUCUGUAAUUCCCCACUUCAAUACAAAGGGUGUCGUUCUUUUCCAACAAAAUAGCAAUCUCUUUUAGUUCAUUGCUUUUGACUUUUCAAUGGGUGUCCUAGGAACCUUUUAGAAAGAAAUGGACUUUCAUCCUGGAAAUAUAUUAACUGUUAAAAAGAAAACAUUGAAAAUGUGUUUAGUCAACGUCAUCCCCUGGCAGGCUAAAGUGCUAUAACCUUUAGUAAAAUUGGAGGUAGCAAACACUAAGGCGAAAAGAUAAUGACCUCAUUGUUGAUUAACCUGCAUUGAGUUUAGAUGUCUUUAAAACAGAGGUUCUUAAAUGGUAAGCUCUGGUUCAAAGUGCUGGAAAUGCCUGAUUCACAACAUUGAGAAGGUAACACUGGAUAGAACCGGAUUGGGUGGUGGUAACUGGUGAUACUUCUUUGAAUGAAGAUUUACAAUCACAUCUUUAGUGUCUGAAUAUAUCUGAAUAUUUUGGGAUGUAUGUUACUUCUUAAUCAGAGACGAAUAAAGCAUUUUUGGAAAGAA